CGGCCAGUUUGCCAUCGUGAAGAGGUGCCAGGAGAGGAGCACGGGCACGGAAUACGCCGCCAAGUUCAUCAAGAAGCGGCAGAGCCGGGCGAGCCGGCGCGGGGUGAGCCGGGAGGAGAUCCAGAGGGAGGUCAGCAUCCUGCAGCAGGUCCUGCACCCCAACAUCGUCGAGCUGCACGACAUCUACGAGAACAAGACGGACGUGGUGCUCAUCCUGGAGCUGGUUUCUGGAGGAGAACUUUUUGACUUCCUGGCACAGAAGGAGUCUUUGAGUGAGGAGGAAGCAACCAGGUUCAUCAAGCAGAUCUUGGACGGCGUGAAUUACCUUCACUCCAAGAAAAUUGCUCACUUUGAUUUAAAGCCUGAAAACAUUAUGCUUCUAGACAAGAAUAUCCCAGUUCCACACAUCAAGCUCAUUGACUUUGGCCUGGCUCACAAAAUAGAAGAUGGAGUCGAGUUUAAAAACAUUUUUGGAACUCCAGAAUUCGUGGCUCCAGAAAUUGUAAACUAUGAACCACUUGGAUUAGCUGCAGAUAUGUGGAGCAUAGGAGUCAUCACCUACAUCCUGCUUAGCGGUGCAUCACCUUUCCUGGGAGAAACCAAACAAGAAACGCUUGCCAACAUCACAGCCGUGAAUUACGACUUUGAUGAAGAAUUUUUCAGCAAUACCAGUGACCUGGCCAAAGAUUUCAUUCAGAAGCUUCUGGUGAAAGACACACGGAAGAGGCUCACGAUUCAGGAAGCUCUGUCUCAUCCCUGGAUAACGCUGGAAGAAGAGCCCCGAGUGCAGGAGCACAGGAAGGUUGGGAGCAGCCAGCUGAAGGCCAAGCGGCUGAGGGAGUACACCAUCAAGUGCCACUCCAGCAUGCCCCCCAACAACACCUACGUCAACUUCGAGCGCUUCGCGCGCGUGGUCGAGGGCAUCUCCCGCACGGAGCGCGGCUGCGGCGCCCUGGCCGCCGCCCGGGACUCCCUGCAGGAGGACGUCGACGCUCUGCUCUCCAUCUACAACGAGAAGGAGGCUUGGUACAAAGAGGAGAGCGAGGGCGUGAGGCACAAGCUGUCCCAGCUGAAGUACGAGUGCCGGAAAAUCGAGUCCCUCAGGAGGCACCUGCAGGAGGAGAUCAAGGCUGUGGACGCCGGUCUGACGGGCGUGGCUGGGAGAUACACCAGCCUGCAGGGCCAGUAUGAAUCCCUCAGGCAGGAACUUUCAGAGGAACUCAGGUGGAUACAGGAUUUAAUGAGCGGUUUUCAGCUGGAAAACGAAGCGGGCGUGAACAGAAACUUCGACUCCGUGUUCAGCAAGGACGUGAACGAAUCGCUGAGGGAGCUGCUGAACAGAUCCCGCUGUGAAGAAUUCCUGGCAGGGUUGAAUCUUGGUGUAGCAGAAUCCCAGCAGUGACGCUGAG